CAUCCAAGCCUUCUCAGACGGAGAGCUGUCCCCCCCCCCACACCCCACUGUGCCUUCUCCUGCAGACUGCUUGUCUGGGAUCUGUCCUCACUAAAGGACACGUUCACUGACUCACUUUAUAAGGACGCCUUAAUGAUGCGAGACCUCUGCCUGCUGUAGUGUGAUCAGAGGGAAGAGACGGAUUGCCUCACAGAUCAGAGAAAGAGUGAGAUGCCAGUGAGGAUGUCUGACUGAGACUGCUGCCUCUGCCUGCCGGAGAGCUGUUAUUUUGGUUAUUUUUAACCCCCUAUUUUCUGUUUUUUUCACUUUGUUCCUCAGGGACUCAAGCACCUCUCGGAUGGAGGACUGAUCAGCUGAAUGUCAGGCCUCCGCCCCGGCUGCCCGCCCGCCUGCCCGCUCACCAGGCCUGCCCACGCUGAAAUCAGUGUUGCUGACAAGCUGAGCCUGUGUGAAGCAGGAACUUCCGUAUCUAAGUGUGUGUGUGCACCAUGGUCUCGCAGCAGAGGUGACAGGCUGUUAAGCUGCUUGUGGAGCAUGGGUACAACUGCCAGUGCCGCGCCACAGCCUGUUUCAGUAGCGUCGCCACUUGAGAGUGUCCAUGGCAACGGGAUGGCCGACAGCAGGCAGUCUCUUAGCAUGAGCCCCUUUCAGACAGUCAACAUCCACAACAACAAGGCCAAGUCCAUUAUCACCAACAAAGUUGCACCUGUCGUCAUCACGUACAAUUGCAGACAGGAAUUUCAGAUUCACGAUGACAUCCGUAAGACCAACUACAAAGUGGGUCGGAUAUCAGACGCUAUGCCCGAGCACUACCUGGUGCAGGAGGAGUAUUUCAUGGUGCAGGAUGUGUCCAGCAAGGCAGAUGUCCUCAAUACCACGGGCAGCUAUGGAGCGCCCAACUUUCGCCAAGUCAAGGGAUCCUACCCGCUGUAUGGGAUGGGUCAGCCGAGCCUGAAUGGCUUCAAACACGUUCUCCAGAGGCUCCAGGCGCAAGGACACGAGGAGGUUAUAUUCUUCUGUGUGAGAGAGGAGCCGGUGGUUUUCCUGCACAAGGACGACGACUUUGUGCCGUACUCCCCCAGGAGGAAGGAAAACCUGCACGAGAACCUUCAUGGCCUAGAGAAGGAGGAGCUGGUGGAGAGCCGGGAACUCACUAUCAGGAAGGAGCUGCACGACUUUGCCAAGCUCAACGAAAACAUCUUCUACAUCUACAACGACAUCGAGUACUUAAAAGACGAGCCUCAGAAGAUCUCCAUCAUGUGCGAGGAGGACAUCCACGUGACCGAAGAGGUCUAUAAGAGGCCCAUGUUCACCAUGCCGACCUACAGGUACUACAGAUUACCACUACCAAUGGAGGGAGCACCAUUGGAAGAAGACUUUGACGCAUUUGUUAACAUACUCAGGGAGAGCCCCAGCUUGUUUCUGGGCCACGAUGCGUCCCGGCGGCUUCCUGCUCUGCUCUUCAGCUGCCAGGUGGGCGUCGGCCGAACCAACUUAGCCAUGAUCCUGGGCACGUUGGUCAUGAAUCGUCUCAGGGGUGAUUCACAACCACAAGUUGAGGAUGCAACAGCUUCAGAGCCCAAACCACUGUUCAAGGUCAUCCAGACUCUGAUCAACAAGCUGCCUAAUGGACAGCAAGUCAUGGAAGAGGUUGACCAGGCUAUCGCCCUGUGUUCAGAAAUGCACAACAUAAAAGAAGCAAUAUAUGAGAACAAGACUAAGCUGGAAGGGAUCGGAGAAGAUUAUCAAAUUCAGGGAAGCAGUACCAAAGACUACUUUCUCAACAGAACCAUGCAGAGCUUGGAGCGCUACUUCUACUUGAUUGUCUUUAAUGCAUACCUCCAUGAACAGUAUCCACUUGCCUUUAUGUCCAACUUCAGCCAUUGGAUGUGCUGCCACGCGUGGCUGUACAGGUUACUGGCCUGCAUGGACAUAUCACAGCUGUCGGCUUCGGCCGAGCUGGUAACCAGAGGAGCUCGAGUUCUGGUUGCUGAUGAGUGUUUGGCUCCGGACGUGCUCAGCACAGUGAAGGAGAUGAAGGCGAUCAACUUCAGACGAGUGCCCAAGAUGCCCGUUUAUGGAAUGGCUCAGCCGACAUCAGAGGCUACCGGGUCAGUUUUGGCCCAUCUGACGGAUGAGAAGAGGAAGCACGGCCACGUGUUGUGGGUCAACUUGCAGGAAGAGCUGGUGUUGGAAGGGAACGGUCAGAUUUUUACACCGAGGGAGCCCUCGUGCCUGGACCAGUACAUUCCAAUUCCAUCGUCUGACCCACAGCUAAUAGAGAAACUGGAGACGUCUCUGAAGGAGGAGAUCCUGAGAGCUCAGAAGUGGCUUGAGGUGACGCUGGAGCAGGAGAAACAGAUGAAGAUGUUUAAAAGCUGCCUGACGGUGCAGGAGAUCUUCAACCUGCACAAAAGCUCCAACCAGGCACUCGUCAGCAAACGCAUCCCCCUGCCAGACUGCAGCGCGCCCAAGGAGGAGGAUUUUGAUAAGCUGUUGGAGGCCAUGAAGAGUGUCUUGGCUGAGGAUUCACACUCAGCCUUCGUUUUUAACUGUUCCAACGGCAAAGGCAGGACAACGACCGCCAUGGUUGUCUCCGUUCUGACUCUUUGGCACUUUAACGGUUUUCCAGAUUUUGGUGAUGAUGAGUUUGUGAGCGUUCCUGACGCCAAGUACACAAAAGGAGAAUUUCAGGUUGUGAUGCAGCUGGUGCGUUUGCUGCCCGACGGCCACAGGAUGAAGAGGGAGGUGGACAUGGCCCUGGACUCUGUCAGCGAGACCAUGACCCCCAUGCACUACCACCUGCGAGAGAUCAUCAUCUGCACGUACAGACAGAUCAAAAGUGGUAAGACGGAGAAGGAGUGUCAGCAGCUAGUGCUUAGGAGCCUGCAGUACCUGGAGCGCUACAUUUACCUCAUCCUCUUCAACACAUACCUGCAUCUGGAGAAGAAAGACUCCUUGCAGCGCUCCUUCACUGUCUGGAUGGAGCAGGUGGCUGCCAGAGCCGGAGUUUAUGACAUCCUCAACCAGCUGGGCUUCUCAGAGUUUGAAAACCCGAGGGACACGCCGCUGGCCAGGCUGCGCUGCCGCUGGCAACAGCAGAACAUUCAGUCACUUCCUUUCCGAGGGGAGUUCAUCUGAGAGGAUCACUGUGAACGCACCAAAACAGUACUGUGCUUUUCAGAAUAAAAGACAUUAUUAUGCCUUCUAUAUUUACCCCUGUAUUAUGCAUAUUUUCACUUCAUCUAUUGUUUUGUUAUUGCUUUUUUCUUUUUUUACAAUGUUAACAUUUGUAGGUGUUUCAAUGUCUUAGCAGAAUGUUGCUCCUAUAUUAGAAGUUGAUAUUUGUGCCUUUGCCUUUUUUAACGAUUGGUAGAACAUAUAAUUUCAAUGUACUAAUAUUUAUGUUACUUUUUUCUAAUUAAGGUUUCUUUUAGAGUACUCAUUUUUAAAGUUGAGACAGCCUUUUAAGACUUCUGUUGGAACAAGACAAGUUAAAUGCUGUUAUGGACGAGAGGAGCAAAUUCCACCGUGUUGUCAGCCAACAAUUUUGGUUGCAUGUCACACCUGUUUGCUGUUGUGUGACCUGAUAUUUUUCUUGAGCCCUGUCCUUUUCUUCUCAGCACAGAUGUCAACAGGAGCUGUGCAUUUGUUCCCCUCGAGGUUUUCCAUUUUUGAUGAGGUUCCCUGUGUACAUAUGAAAUCUGUUAUUUAAAAGUGUCUGAGUUUUCUAAAGCGAGUGGAUGUUGUUGAGAGGAGCUUUGCGCAAGAUGCAGUUGGUCAGAGUUUCUUUAGCUACAGUAUAACACCAGUAUAGUGUCCAUUUGUUUAAUUUUAAAUUGAUUUACACGUGUCAUGAUACAGGUACUAACAGUACAGCAUGUCAGGAAUUGUAUGGUAGUGUGAUUUUACUUUAAAGCUAUUAAUAUGUCUUUGUAUGUACUUUUUUAGGAUAACUUUUAAAGACUUUUAAAUGCUAACAUAACUUCCUUAAAUACUAAAGAAGAGUUCUCGUGUUUUUUUCAAAACAUGGCUCCUACAUUAUCCACAAUGCAACUGGACCACCAGGGAUUCAUGUGUGUUAUGCUAGGAGUAGUGCAAGUGACAUCACUUGAUGAAUAUACCCUUUAACAACUCAACGCAGCUCAUGGUGGCAUCUAUGAAUUAAGACGAAAGCUGCAUGAUUCAUUAAAGUCCCGGGACAAUAACUUACAACUGCAUUGUCAGCCAAUCAGGGCAGUAAUAAAACAAAUGUUUUUAUUCCACACAUGCCACAUUUCCGGAAUAACUUUUAUUGUACAGUCUUUCUUUAAAAGUCUUAACACCUUUUUUUUUUGUUUUGAAUAUUUUGCUACUCUUUAAUUUGCUGAUAUGCGUUUAGUUGUAAAGCAACUUGUAGUUCACGGUGUGCUUUAAAAACCAUGAAUCCUGCCUUAAAACCAGAAACAUAAGCCUGAAAAGAAAUAAAGAAAUCCUUCCUCCA